CACAGGAGCGGACGCAUUAGGGGAGCGCGGCCUGAUAGAAACAUUAUCUGAGCUUCUCGGAGCAGCGCUGCAGCCUUGGGAUUGAUCUGGACACGGGCAGGUUAACAUCCUGCUAUGAAUGGUGAUUCGAGUGUAGGGGUGGUGACCACACCACCCCCAACCAAUCCUCCUCACAAGGAGAAAUACUUUGACAGGGUUGACGAAAACAACCCUGAGUAUCUGCGAGAGAGGAACAUGGCUCCAGACCUUCGCCAAGACUUCAACAUGAUGGAGCAAAAGAAAAGGGUCUCCAUGAUACUACAAAGUCCUGCAUUUUGUGAUGAACUUGAAACUUUGAUCCAGGACCAAUUCAAGAAAGGCAAAAAUCCUACAGGUUUAUUGGCAUUACAGCAGAUUGCAGAUUUUAUGACCACAGGUGUACCAAAUGUUUACCCUUCAGCUCCUCAAGGUGGAAUGGCAUCUCUAAACUUGAGCCUUGGUAUGGUGACACCUGUGAAUGACCUUAGGGGUUCAGAUUCUAUUGCGUAUGAAAAGGGAGAGAAGCUUUUGCGCUGUAAACUCGCAGCAUUUUAUAGACUAGCAGAUUUGUUUGGAUGGUCACAGCUAAUCUACAAUCAUAUUACAGUCAGAGUAAAUUCAGAACAAGAAUACUUCUUGAUUGUUCCCUUUGGACUCCUGUACAGUGAAGUGACAGCAUCAAGUCUGGUGAAGAUCAAUCUGCAAGGGGAGUUGGUAGAUCGUGGCAGCACAAACCUGGGAGUAAAUAAAGCUGGAUUUACAUUGCACUCCGCAAUUUACGCUGCACGACCAGAUGUAAAAUGUAUUGUACAUAUACAUACUCCAGCUGGGGCAGCAGUCUCUGCAAUGAAAUGUGGACUGUUGCCACUUUCUCCAGAAGCACUAUCGUUGGGUGAAGUAGCUUAUCAUGACUACCAUGGCAUUUUGGUAGAUGAAGAAGAAAAGGUACUAAUUCAGAAAAACUUGGGACCAAAAAGCAAAGUGCUUAUUCUACGAAAUCAUGGUUUGGUGACGAUGGGUGAAACUGUAGAAGAGGCAUUUUAUUAUAUACACAAUCUGAUGGCUGCUUGUGAAAUUCAGGUACGCACACUAGCCAGUGCAGGAGGCCCAGACAAUUUGGUACUAUUAGACCCUGGAAAAUAUAAAAAAUCCCGUUCACCAGAAGCUCCAAGUGGGGAAGGAAGUGGACUGCAUCCAAAGUGGCUUGUUGGGGAGCAGGAAUUUGAGGCACUCAUGCGUAUGCUGGAUAACUUGGGCUACAGAACUGGUUAUCCCUACCGCUGUCCAGCGCUGCGAGAGAAGGCCAAGAAGUACAGUGACGUAGAAAUACCCGCAAGUGUUACUGGAUACUCCUUAGGAAAUGACGGAGGCUCAGGCACUUGUUCACCACUCAGACACAGUUUUCAGAAACAGCAGCGUGAGAAGACAAAGUGGCUGAACUCUGGUAGAGCAGAUGAUACAUCAGAAGAUGGGCAGAACGGUGGCAGCCCAAAGUCGAAGACUAAGUGGACUAAAGAGGAUGGAAUGAAAUCUGCCACCUCUGCAGUCCCAAACAUGUUUGUUCCAAUGAACACAGACCCCAAAGAAGUGCAAGAGAUGAGGAACAAGAUCAGGGACCAGAAUUUGCAAGACAUUAAAACCGCUGGACCUCAGUCGCAACUUUUGUGUGGAGUUGUGGUGGACAGGAGCAUUGUGCAGGGAGAGCUGGUGACUGCAUCCAAAGCUAUAAUUGAAAAGGAAUAUCAGCCCAAAAUGAUAGUCGGCUCCACUGGCCCAAACCCAUUCAACAGAUUCUCAGAGCGAGAACUUGAAGAGUAUCACAAGGAAAUUGAACGGAAACACAAGGACGCUGAAGAUGAGUUGUCCCAGUGUGGAGAGACUGCUGUGCCUCAACCAUCCCUGCAAGAAGACGUCUCUAAAGAGAACAGUCGUGGGCCAAAUGGAGAACCUGCAAAGUCCCAAAGUGAGGCAGAAAUCACUGAGCAGAUACACAAAUCUCUCGCUGAAGUGAAUGAUUGUGCAGAACAAUUAGAAGAGGCAGAAGAUGUGAAGGAAGAACCAGCUGAACACAUUGACACACCCCCGAGCACACCCAUUAAACCAGAAGAAGAAUCGCAGCAGGAGCAAACCUACAAAGAUGACAGUGAUGCUGCAACGUUCAAGCAAACACUCCCAGACCUCACCCCAGACGAGCCAUCGGAGGAACUGGCCAUCCCAAUUUCUGGAAAUGAAGGGGAUGAACAAAGUGUUCCUUGUGACAGAGACAUAACUAAGGCCCCUACAGAAUCAGCCCAUGAAGAGGCUGAGCCCCAGCUUGUAGACCCGCCCACCAUUCCAACAGCUGAGGAGCCAGUGCAAACAGACCCCGCCCCCGCGGAUGCGUCUCUAGUAGAUGCUGGUAGCGACGAAUCCCCCGGUAAAUCUCCUUCCAAAAAGAAAAAGAAAUUCCGUACCCCUUCCUUCCUCAAAAAGAACAAGAAGAAGAGCGAGUCGUGAAGAGCUGCAGGCGCACUGUCAUGUUUCUAAGGGUCUGCUCGUAGCCACUUGUAUCGUCUAGUCUCUCCCGUUAUAUAAUGGAAUGCAACUGAACCCCCUCGUUAGUUAGCGCUUGUUUCUCAAUGUUAAUCCGGGAAAUUCACUCGCAUUUAAGGUGCUAACCGACGCGUUCAUCUGAUAAUCUGGGGUCACAUGCUCAGUGUAAGCCUAUAGUCUCCCCUUGUUUUAAUAGAGUGCGUGACUGCCCAAUAAUCCAUCGCAUUAAAUAUAUAUACUGAUCCCUCACAACCACCCAAUCCUUUUUGUAUAUAGAACUCUCUGCUUUGCCAUGGAAGGACCAUGAUGCCCCUCUGCACCCCAAGCUUCACCUCUUUCAGCUCCAUCCCAAAUGCAAACUCUGUGUACCCCCCUGUGUUUCAUUCAUGCGAUGGUGUCUUCUACCCCUGCCUUGGUGAUCCACGCCAUUGUUGCAUCGAUCUGGGGGAGGAGCAUAAAGCACCCAUGUAAUUGUGUUACAUUAAGGGGCAGAUUUAUCAAAAACUGUCAAAUUUGAUUAGGGAGUUAUUAAAAUUUGAUUCGAGUUUUUCAAAAAAUUCAAAUUAGAUUUCUGAGAUUUAUCAUACACUGGCCCUUUAAGAACUCAUUAGGCUAUGUGCCACCUAAAACCUCCUGAAUUGCUGAGUCAAUGGGAGAGGUCCAGGGGAUCAAUUUGGAGCCUUCCUGACAUUCAAUUCAUUCGAUCCUAUUCACCUGAGAUUAAAAAAUGUAAUUUUUAUAAUAAAUUUUGAAUUUCAAGUUUAUGGGAGUUAAAAAACAAACAAAAACAAAUUUGAAAUUCGCACCUUGAUAAAUGUGCCUCUAAGCGAUUAUUAUUUUAAUCCUUUAUCUGAGAAUUCUAUGUAUUUUUUGGUAAGCGAAUAAUUAUUUCAUGUGCUGGAGAGUUUUUUGCACGGUGUGGGUGUUCGAGCCCCUGCUGAAUUCUGGGAUGAACACUAGAACAAUUAAAGUUUUAUGAAAAAUGUUUAAAAAUAUUUUUUCGUUUGGCUUCAAACGAGCAACUUCCCUCCAGUUGAAUUAGCCGCUGUGUUAUGGGUCUGUGUAGCCAACCUUGCUUGUGACCAUCCUGCUUGCAGAUUUUAUAUAUAUAUAUAUUUGUUUUUAUUUCUUGUUUUUAUUUUGCUACAUUUUGUUGUAUUUGGAAGUGGUAACUUUGCCAUGUUUCAAGGUACAGCUCCCAUGGUAUUUACAUAAAGGGAUAUGAUUGGACAGUUAUUUCUACCCCAACCCCCCCACAACCAGGGCCGGAACUAGGGGUAGGCAGAGUAGGCACGUGCCUAGGGCGCAAAAGCAUGGGGGGGCGCCAGGCACAUGCCUUCUCUGACACCUACCCCAUGUCCGGUCGUCUCUCUCCAAAAGCUUCUUCUGUUUUGGCCCCAUAGCUGUGCUUCCACACAUGUGAGCUUACAUCAAUUGGCGCAUACGCGAGCAAACGACAAAAGGCACAUACGUGCGGGAGAGCGUCGGUUCGCGCAUGCGCUCAAAAGUGGGAGUUUGCGCAUGCGCACCACCAGGAAGUGCCAGUUUACGCAAGCGCGCAGCUAGCAGGCGCCGAACCAACCAGGGUGCCUAGGGCGCCUGGCCGCCAUGGCCAGGCCCUGCCCACAACAGCUGUUUUCAUGGCCACGGCCUGACAAAAUAUAUAAGUAGAAAAACAUGAAGGAGCUCACCCUAAACUGGUGUAGCAACUUGCCCGGGUGCUGGUAACUAAAGUGACAUAGUCCCGCACUCAAUAGGAAUACUUGUGAAAAGAAUCAAGAUGAUUGAAAAUAAUCAGAUGUUUCAAACACCAACGGACAGAUUUAUUAACGGUCGAAAAUUGAUUUAGAGUUUUCUAAUUUUUUUUUGGUCAAAACUCUCAAAUUCGAAUAGUGAAUUAUCCAAACUCUAUUAAAAUUUGAAUUCGGUUUCGCGAUUUAUCAAACCUAUACCCUGGGAACAACUCAAAUUAGACUAUUCGCCACCUAAAACCUGCCAAGUUCAUGUAUAAAGGUGGCCAUAGACGUAACAAUUACGAUCUUUCUUGGAAAAGAUCUUUGCAAGAAAGAUUGUUCAUUUCAAUAAACACGUGUAGAGCUGAAUCGUCAGAUAUACAAUUAGAAACAAUACCUGUAUCUGAUGAUUCAGCACUAAGGGGCAAAUUUAUCAAUGGUCUAGGUGAAGUUUUGAAUGAAAAAAAAAUCGAAUUUCGUGUUAUUUUUUGUGUACUUCAAUUAGGGAAUAGUCCAAUUUCAAUUUGAAUAUCAAAUUUAUCAUGUACUGUUUCCUUAAAAAUUCUUUGACCAUUCACCAUCUAAAACCUGCCGAAAUUGCUGUUUUAGCCUAUGGGAGACCUCCUAAAACCUAUUUGGAGUCAAUUGGUGGACUUUGAAAAAUCUAAGUUUCUUUUGGGAAAAACUUUGAAUCGAUCAAUUGCGCUAUUAAUUAGAUUUGAACAAUUCAAAUUUGGCCAAAUACAGACCUAUUAGAUCAAAAACGGACCUAUUUGACCCAGAAAAAAAUUUCGGUUGGUCUUUUUGAUUUUGAAAUUUUUUCAAUUCGACAUUCGACCCUUGAUAAAUAUGCCCCUAACAGUGGCCGAUGUUUGGGUGCCUUCAAAGUCGCCCGAUCAAAAUUUUUGACGAGCCGAUCGAUAUCCAAGUCUUUUGCCGAUAUUGAUCGGCUCUUUUCCCACCAUACAUGUACUGAAUAUUGUACGAAAAUUUGUUUUGUACGACAUUAUCUGUGCGUCUAUGGCUGCCUUUAGUCAAUGGCAGAUGUCCACUGACCCAUUUGAAGAUGUUAUUAGCCUUCCUGACAUUCAAGGUUUUUUCUGAAUAAAAAACUUGAUUCGAGUUUAGUCAAAUCAAAUUUGAUUCAAGUUUUCGGGUCGGUAAUAUUCAUUCAAGUUUUAGAUAUUUGAUUUUUUUUUUCUUAAAUAACCUCUUCGUUAUUUUUUUUAUGAUUUACAAUUUCUAUAAAUGUCUGUUUUAAUAUACUGAAUGUCUUAGGAUUGGCCAGUACAGUAAAUUUAGCUCAUUCUAGAAACCUACUGAAGAUAAGGGGAGUCGGUGUCCUUGUAUGUGCCUUACUGGGUAAACCGCCAUUGUUUAUUGUUAUAUUGUAAACAUAGGUAUUGUUACCCACCAAAUAGCCCUGAUAUUACCAAGCAAACAGCCGGCAGAGCCUCAUAAGCCCAACUUAUUUGAUUAAAGGACCAGAAACGUCAAUUUUUUUUAAAAAAAAAUUUGUUUGUAUACUAAA